ACACAUAUAUAUAUAUAUACACAGUAUCACAGACCCCAGUGGCUGUCAAGGAUGCCUUUCCUAGGGCAAGACUGGCGCUCUCCUGGCCAAACCUGGGUGAAGACUGCCAAUGGCUGGUCCAGGUGCCUAGAGGGUGAGAAGGACCCUGGGAGCUACCUGGCUGAGCGGAACAGUUACUGCAGAAAAGAAGACUACAAUAAGGAGAACAUUUUCAACAGCCUGAACUGUGACGUUGCCGCAAAGAAGAGAAAGAAGGACCAGCUGAACAACAAAACAAGGAUUCAGUAUAUUCAUCAAGAAAAGUGGAUUUAUGUGCACAAAGGAAGCACAAAAGAACGCCAUGGCUACUGCACCCUGGGAGAAGCUUUCAAUAGACUGGAUUUCUCAAAUGCCAUUCUGGACUCCAGACGGUUCAACUAUGUUGUACGGCUGCUGGAGCUGAUAGCAAAGUCCCAGCUAACAUCACUGAGUGGAAUUGCCCAGAAAAACUUCAUGAAUAUCUUGGAAAAAGUAGUACAGAAAGUUCUGGAGGAUCAGCAGAACAUCAGACUAAUAAGAGAGCUGCUGCAAACUCUUUAUAUGUCGCUUUGCACCCUGGUCCAAAGUGUUGGCAAGUCUGUUCUGGUUGGGAAUAUCAACAUGUGGGUCCACAGAAUGGAGACAAUUCUGCACUGGCAGCAACAGUUGAACAACAUCCAAAUCACCCGGCCUGCCUUUAAAGGGUUGACAUUCACAGACCUGCCUUUAUGUUUACAAUUAAAUAUCAUGCAACGGCUGACAGAUGGAAGAGACAUUGUGAACCUUGGUCAAGUGGCUCCAAGUCUUCAGGUGCUCAGUGAGGACAGGCUACUUUGGAAAAAACUUUGCCACUAUCACUUCACAGAUAGACAGAUACGCAAACGGCUCAUUUUGUCAGACAAAGGGCAUUUAGAUUGGAAGAAGAUGUACUUCAAGCUCGUGAAAUGCUACCCAAGGAAGGAGCAGUAUGGAGAUACCUUGCAGCUCUGCAGACAUUGCCAUAUUCUGUCUUGGAAGGGUACUGAUCAUCCAUGUACAGCUAACAAUCCAGAGAGCUGCUCAACUUCUCUUUCACCCCAGGACUUUAUCAACUUGUUUAGAUUUUGAACUUCCCUAAGUGAUUUCAUCAUACAACUUGGUUUUUUGAUGGGACACUUUAUACUGCCGGGCAGACAUGUUCAACCUGUAUAUAGUAUGUAAAUAUUACCGUUUGGUGUUCCUGAGUCAAGAAGACAAGAGGAUUUCAGGAGGCAAAGGGAGUCAUCCUUCAAUAGCAAUGAACUCUUUAAUUGGACUGAUCAAUGUAAAGGUAGUCCUUUGUAAACACAAUGCUUUGUAAGAAUUGAAGUGCAAGUUAAAGGCUAGGAGACUUUCAGUACUACUUAGGAAAUUUAGAUGAAAAUAGCUCUUUGUUUCUCAGGAUUCAAAGCCUGAAGAAUUAAACACUAUGAUUAGGCUACAACUGUCAAA